CGGGGUAUCGGUGUUUCGCGAACUUCAUCAUCCCUCUUGAACUCUCCAGGCCCCCCUCUCCCUUUUGGACAACUCCUCGGCCUAGCUUCUGCGUGGCCAAUUGCAUUAUUUUGAAUAUCAUUUCUUGUCCUGUUUCAACUUGUCUACAAGCAGCCACAACUGCCCGCCAUGGAUGACCAAUUUGGAGGACGUACUGACGAUGAUCUCUUCUACGACGACUUCGAACCGGUCGAGAGCGAGACCGUCGUCACUACUGAAGCCGCACCGGAACCCCAGCCUGAACCUGUAGCACCGGUUCAGGAACCCCCCGCUCCUCAAGAGAAACCAGCGCCAGCGUCAGCGCCAGCUCCCGCACCCUCAGCCCCUGCCUCAAAACCCGCUGGCCUCUCCUCGUCACGAUAUGCCGAUAAACCAGCUCCUCCCAAGCCCGCAAAACAAGCUCCCCAACCGACAUCCAACGCACCUCCUAACGCUCCAACUGCUCCUCGCGAGAAGAACACCCAUGGUUCGCAAAACACCGCCGCCAAUUCUGCAGCUCGUCUUCAAUCUGGCGCAAACCCACGACAGAAGCUCACGGACGAAGAACUCGCUGCCAAGAUGGAGAAGAUGAAGCUCCUUAACGCAGAGAAGGCGCGCAAGUUUGAGAAAGCCGAAAAGGAUGAGAAGGAUCAUGCUGCUGCGUAUGCUCGCGGCAUGGAGGAGGCUAAGAAGCGUCGCGCCGAGGAAGCUGAGCGACGUAAACGUGGCGAAGAGGACAAGCGCAGACUUGAUGAUGAGCGCGCUAAGAACAGAGAGCGAAAACUCAAGGCCAUGGGUAUGAAGGAGGGUGGAUGGGAUGAGGGCAAGGAUACUCUUGAAGAGGAGGAAAACCGACGUUUCCGCGGCGCAAAUGGUGGUAUUCGAGGAUCAAGAAGCUCCGGUCUUGGUGGAAGUCGAUACGCUUCAAAGGAUAACGAGGAACAUGACGUGGAUCGCUUCUUGGACGAGCGACAUCGUGGUGGAAGGGGUAGAGGUCGUGGUCGGGGAGGACGAGGAGGCCGAGGCGGACGCGGUGGCCAUGAAGGCGCACCACCAGCACCAGUCAAACAAGCCGUCCCAGCAGCCGAAGACUUCCCAGCUCUACCCGGUGAGGUCAAGAAGAGCGCACCGGCACCAGCGAACGAUAAGCCGGCUUUUGCGGCUGCAGCAGCUGGACCUCCACCACCACUGCCACCACCCACUGGUGGAAAGUGGGAUGAAGAGAUGGAUGAGUAUGAUGAGCUGAACAAGAAGUCAUGAACAAAUUGAAAGAGAUGGAAGACUAGGGAUAGCUUGACAGCGGAGUUGGAAAAAUACCAUAGGUAGCAUUGUUAGACAGCAUCGAAAGCCGAAGCGAGAUUGAAAGACUUCUCCUCAUUUCUAUUUGCCUUUCGGCGCUGAGCUGCUUUUCUAGAAAGGGUAUUAUCCUGCUCUCCGCCAACUCUUUCAUUCUUAUUUCCGUCCAUUUUAUACACAGCGCCAAACGCCUGAACAUCCCAAUAAAUAAUUACACAUUGAUUACCAUCCUCCACGGUAUCCCCUUCCGCCGCGGCCGCUCCUAUAUCCUGAACCUCGAGGUCCUCGGGGUCCACCAGGUCCAUCAUCAUCCAUAGGCGCCCUCGAUCGGCCCUUCAUCUCCU